CCGCCUAUAAACUCACCUCUCAGUGGCUUAGCAAGCUAGCAGUCCCUAAGACAAUGCUUUAAUUAAAUGAUAUUUAAUUGAAUUACCGCAGCCGUGACAGGUCAUUCUUGCGGCACUUUUAGCUAGCUGUUACUCAGGUUUGACCGUUACCGCUGUUAGCUGCCGCUAACAGCUUUAACCGUUAGUCCAAAGUGAGUCUAUUCGCCGCAGGGACGUGGGGAAAGUUUGUUUUUGUUAAACCUCCCCGUCAGAGUGCAGAUGCCUCGUUUGGAAAAGGCAAAUGCCAGAAGGAAGAAAAGACCUAAGUUAGACUGGACGUUCAUUCAGAGGUUCUGCAGCAUCCAGAAGGUCCUGUUCCCAUCAUGGACCAGUCAGAGUGCUCUGAUGUUUGGGACGCUGCUCGCGGUCACUCUCACAGAGCAGCUAAUCAUUUACCAAGUGGGCGUCCUCCCCAGUCACUUCUACAGCGUGCUGGCAGACAAAGACUACUCGGGCUUCCAGAGUCUGGUGGGCACGGCCAUGGUGCUCAUCUUACUCAACUCCACGUUGAAAAGUAUCGACCAGUACAUUUGCAAUCAGAUGUAUGUUAGCUGGAGGAGGACGCUAACGGAGAGCCUGCAUACGUCCUACUUCCAGGGCCGAGUCUAUUACACACUCAAUGUUCUCAGAGAGGAUAUAGACAAUCCAGACCAGCGCAUCAGUCAGGAUGCAGAGAGGUUGUGUAAACAGAUGAGCACCAUGGCCAGUCGUUUGAUUGUAUCACCGUUCACGCUGGCUUACUACUCCUACCACUGCUUUUAUAGCACCGGCUGGAUCGGCCCUGUGAGUAUCUUUGGCUACUUUGUGAUUGGCACCAUCGCCAAUAAAAUCCUUAUGGGGCCCAUUGUGUCGACUCUGUUUGAGCAAGAAAAACUGGAGGGAGACUUCAGAUUCAAGCACAUGCAGAUCCGUGUCAAUGCAGAGUCUGCAGCUUUUUACAGAGCCGGUAAAGUGGAGCACAUGAGGACCGACCGCAGGCUGCAGACUCUGUUACAAACUCAGAAGAGUCUCAUCAACAAAGAGCUCUGGCUUUAUAUCGGGGUAAACACGUUCGACUACCUCGGAGGUUAUCUCAGCUACAUUAUAAUCGCCAUUCCCAUCUUCACCGGUAUCUAUAACGGACUCACUCCUGGGGAGCUCAGUGCACUCAUCAGUAAGAACGCCUUUGUGUGCAUCUACCUGAUAAAUGGCUUCACGCAGCUGAUAGACCUGUCCACCACCCUGUCCGACGUGGCCGGAUACACCCACAGGAUCGGGGAGCUGAGGGAGGUGAUGGAUGACAUCCUGCACAAGCAGUGCGAUUAUGACCCGGCAUCGGGCGAAAGCUACGACUUUGACAGUGACUUCAACAUCCACGCGGGCCCCGCGGACACCGCCUUCGUCCUGGACCAUCUUUCGUACAAAUCUCCUUACUCGGACAAGCUGCUGGUGGAGGAUCUGAGUGUGAAGAUCAGCGAGGGGACCCAUCUUCUGGUGGUGGGUAACACGGGCACCGGCAAGACGUCACUGCUGAGGGUCCUCAACCGACUCUGGGAGGCACACAGCGGGUUUGUCCAAAUGACCACGUGCUUCGGGCCCAGAGGAACCCUCUUCCUGCCCCAGAAACCUUACCUGACUGACGGCACGCUGCGGGAGCAGGUGAUCUACCCGUUGAAGGAUAUUUACCCUGCAUCAGGGUCAGUAGACGAUGACAGAAUUAUACAAUUCCUGGAAUUAGCCGGAGUGGCCAGUCUCCUGGAGCGCACAGGCGGGCUGGAUGAAAAGGUGGACUGGAACUGGUAUGAUGUUCUGUCUCCAGGUGAAAUGCAGCGUCUCUGCUUUGCGCGUCUCUUCUACUUGCAGCCCAAAUACGCAGUGUUGGAUGAGGCCACCAGCGCGCUGACGGAGGAGGCAGAAGCACAGCUGUACUCGACCUGUAAACAGCUGGGCAUGACGCUGGUCAGCCUGGGACACCGCAGCAGCCUGGUGAAGUACCACGACGUCCAGUUGAAACUGUGUGGCGGAGGCCUGUGGGAGUUGACCAAGUUAAAAGGAGGCAGCAGGAGCCUCGGAGAAGAAGCACCGUGACAGCGGGGUCAUCCUGAGACAUGAAACACACAAGUGCUCUUCAACGUGCUGCUUUAAAACAGUUUCAGCAGUGGAUGUGAAAACCUGCUCUGAUCCAGUUUGAAUGUAUUCACAUCGUGGGGACAGAGCUUGACCUAAACAUUCUGGACCCAAAGACUUGGACGCCUCUGAAAUGAUCAGUAAAAUCCCUUAUGAAAACAAAUCAAUGAAAAAGGACAUUUUAAAACCUCAACAUUUGUUUAUU